AGAAUUUAAAGAAUGUUCUUCAUCGGAACGCAACGAGUGAGGUUAGUGGUUAUAGUUUCCAUAUUAAAAGGGCAAUCUGUAUAUUCUUGAGAUGCCAUUGACACCUUCCCUGACAUACGUUUUCAGGCAAUACGAUGCAAUAAACUAGAUUUAAAAAUAUUUUUACCCGUUGUUUACCUGAAACUUGGCAAUUUUGUAGUUUUUGUGUGUCUUUCUUUUUCUGUGUCGUUCAGAAUCAAAGUCAGUAUCGUCAUCCAAAUACCUCAAAUUUGAAGGCCAAAUACCUCAAAUCUGCUAACAGUUUUAAAACCUCUUGCUCAAAAACUCGUUCUCUUGUUGUUGACAAGAACUUUAAGAACACAGUAUUUAAUAUGUGCCAAGAAAUUUCACACUAUUUUUUUAUGAUUGCUUUGUAACGAAAAUUCAAAAUGACCAAAUAAAAUACUUUGGCAAACUAUCUUAGCUAUCCUCGUUCUUGCGACACUUAACAAUGUUUGCUACGUACAUUUUUCUCACCAUGACGUCACAUUGCGUAAUGACUUCACUUUCGGCAUACAUAUGUCGACAAAUAUGACUCAAUUAGCCUUUCUCACGCCGCCAUUUUUGGGUGGCAUUUCUGCCGGAGCUGCGAGAUAAGUCCACAUAACAGCGACUUUUUUAUCAUUUUUUUGGACGAAUGAUGGUAAAUUUACUUUGUAAAUGGUUAGUUUAUUUUGAAAAAUUGCUUUUCACAUUGUUUUUAUUGUCUGCAUUGGUUAACGAGAAUUAGAUGCCACCCAAAAAAUGGCGGAUAUUCGUCAUUGUGAGAAAGGCUAAUUAUCUAUAAGAAUUGCAAAAGUUUUUUCAGACAGCCCUUUGACGUCAUAGUGAGGACGAUUUGCGUAGCAAACAUUGUUAAUAUCUCAGAAAGAAACAAGCUAAGCUGGUUUGGCAAAGUAUCUUAUUAGAGAAAGUAGUUUCAUAUUAAUUUGAAACUGCAGAGUACAACGUAACAUUCAUUGUCUCGAGCGGAAUUCGACCUCGCGUCUUCGGGUUUCUAGACCGCCGCUCUACCAAUGGAUGAUUCCUGAGCUACAGACGAAAUUUUGAUCUAGACAAGAAGAACGCAAUCCAGUACCAUAGCUGGAAAGAGAAUCUUAAAAUGAGUAAAAUUGCAAAGUUUGGAAGCGAAUUGUUGUAAAAUGAGGAAAAUGUAGCCCUGUGAAGUUCGCAAAUUUUGUAUAUAUUUGCAUUACGCGCGGGAACAAUAAUCAUUUUUAAGCCGAAAGUGGUUAUUUUUACCGCGCGUAAUACAAAUAUAUACAAAAUUUGCGAACUUCACAGGGCUAUAUUUUCUUCAUUUUACAAGAUUUAGCAACCAAUCUUUGCAGUUUUACUCAUUCUAAGACGCUCUUUUUCUAGUUGUGGUAUUGAAUUUCGUUGUUCUUGCCUUGAUCAAAAUUUAGUCUAUAGCUGGAAUCACCCAUUGAGCGAUCGAGUCAACGGGGAUUGGUAGCGAGUCUUAUCCAGUGAACUCUAUAAGUACUGGAACGAUAACUCGGCUUUACCAUGGCCUUAAGAAACUAGAGCAAGUGGGCUUUCAGAGUAACCAAAUUUUAGAAACACUUCAUCAUGAAAGUUUUUAGCUUUUAGGCAGGGUAUGAGAAUUUAUGCAUGUCCAAAAAUUGGAAAACACGUCGAUCGGAAAACUUUAGUUAUUUUUCAGCUGCGAAACCCACGCGAAAAACACGCGUGUUAUACCUACAAGAGAUGACUCCAUACACAAAAAAAUAGUUUCAUAUUAUUCUGACACUGCAUGUAUGGUCUCGUGUGGAAUUCAAACUCGCCUCUUUGGGUUGUGUCUGAAAUGGUAUCUUAUUAGUCAUUUUGAAGUUUCUUUACAAUGCCAUCAUAAAAAUGGUGUGACAUUUCUUUGCAUAAGCAUUUUAACGUAAUUUAGCAUUGUUUCUUGUCUAUGGGGAAUACACUCAAAUGUCAGAUACAUGCACUUGUGGGGCUGAAGUGCUCUCAAAGGUCACCUUCAUGCCCUUAGACGCAUUCAGUCUAAAUAUUAUCAGUCGAAUUAUAGGAACUGUCCAAGGGACCCUUACCCCUUGGUUCAAGUUAAUAAGGUCAGAGGGUCUGGCAUGCGCUCUGGGGACUCUUAUACCCGCAGGGCAGCCCUAUGACCAUUACCCCUAGAGUUUUCAGAGCAGGCCUUAUAUAUACCCCGCAGGAUGAAAUAUAAGGCCAUAAAGCGUCUGUUGGGUUAAAUAUACUUAAUAUAAUACUUAUUGUAACAGGAGUACUUCAUGCCCAUAACCGAUUCUCCCACACAAAGCUGUCCGUGUCUACUCUUAACGUAAUUUAGCAGUGAAAGUGUUGUUACAACCACCAACAGUUUACCCCUGAAUUUAAUAAUAUGUAGGUAAAAGAUACUCAAGAUGCAGAAUUGGUCAAUGAACUAAGUGCUACGCUUAAAGAAAAAGAGAAGUUGAUUGCGGUAAGUUUCUGCGAGAAUUUUUGCGUUGCAGUUUGACCGAGCAAGAAAUGAUAGAUUCAUAUAGGAGGCUUUUGGGCAUCAAAGGUCUCACCUAUACAGGGUGUAUAAAAAAAAGCGCAAUCCUCGACUGAAAUGUAAAUUGCUAAACAAAUAAUAGAUGAAAACGUUAAAGUUUACAUUCAUUUUAAAGCGUAGCCAUUCAGCUUUCUAACAGUGGGUUGUUUCUUAAAUUUGACUCAUUGGUUCGCGGGUAAUAAUACUUUACGUUAUUGCGAUUGGAGAUUAAAAAAAUUGAGAUGGAAUAACAAAUCGUUCUCAUGAAAAUAACUGAUUUUUUCAUUAAAACAAAAAAAUGUUGCAUUUUAUUAAAUGGAUUGUAACAAUAAGUAUAAUUACGGCUUUUCUUCCACUAUUUUUAACUCAGUUUGAAACUUCAAAUGCGAUAUAAUUUUGGCUUGGACCAUCUAAGCUGACUGACAUCAACUUGCUAUAAUUUCUGUUUACAUUACAUCGCAAUUCGAUGACACUCUGGCUCAGACACCAGAAUGUUUUGACGAUUUUUAGCAUUCGUUUAGGAUUUUCAAACAACCUGGUCUCUUUUAAAAUACUUUUAAUUUGUUCUUACGUGGUUUUCCAGAUGUAGUGACGACAACAUUAAAGUUUAAAGAAGAAAAUUCUAACAUUUAAACCGACUAAACAAUAACAUAGUAAACUUGCAUAAUUAAACAGCAACUAAAAAUGAUAGGUUUUACUAAAUCUUUUCCUGUGCAAUUAUUACUAGCAUUGGAGACAAGGAUAAUAGUUUGUUUGAAAGAGAAAAGAACAGGCUUUGAAGUAAGCCUAAAAGCGUUUAACUAGAAAUAGUAUUUCGAAAGUUAUAAAGCACAAAAGAUGAAUUGCGUUUAUUUUGAUACACCCUGUAUACACAAAGAAAAUACUUCACUUGCCACUUGGUCGGCUAAUUAAAAUUUCAACCCCUGUUGAAUAGACACAAUUACUCAAGUCGUAAUACAACGUGAAGUAUAAAGAAAGAAAUAAUUGAAAAACCUUGAAAAACCCUCUUAAACCUAUAAUGUAAAUUAAUUAUUUUCCCAUCUCACUUCAGGAUUUGCUGGCGGAAAGGUCUGCUAUGAUAGCAAGUUACGAAGCUAACAAUGAAAAAAUGAUGGACAAUUUGACUGAGAAAGAAGAUUUACUGAAGGUAUGUGGAAGGUAUUUGGCACAAGAUGUGUUCGCACUGCUUGUUCCUAGUUGUUGUGAGAAGUCCAGAACAAGUUGGUAUCACCUUGUGACACGGUUGAUGACAGUGACAGACUUGCUACAAGUUGUUCCGGCAAGACUAAUAUACAGGCUGUCCGUAACAAGUUGCUAAGAACUUGUUGAAAUCAACUUGUUAACGACUUGUUUUGUGAGGACGAUAUCUGUUCGCCUCUUGAACCUUGUCUCAAGAUGAUAAUAACUUGUUCCAGACUUGUUGAACAACUAGGAACGAGCAGUGCGAACACAUCCUGCUGACAAGCUGUGAGGUUUUUUCGCGUGUAUUUUCUUGUGUUCCAUUGCUCACAUAUUCUGCGAUAAUUACAGGAAAUGUAUGAGAAAAUGGACCGACUAAGUUCCGAGAAGAAUGGCACCAUUGCGAGAUUACAACAAAAGAUAAACGAUUUGAGCCUUGACAUUCACGUAAGACGUUGUAUAAAUAUAGGAAAAUAGAGCCCUACGAAAUUUGCAAAUUUUGUAUUAAUUUGUAUUACGCACGUGAAUUUGCACCACUUUCGGCCCAAAUGUGGUGCAUUGUUGCGAACGCGACGUUGUUAAUCGCAAAAUUUGAGAAUAAAGUGGGUCGUUCGAAAAUUGCCUCAAUCACUGGCUGCAAAACAAAGUCUGUCGAAGUAUUUAGUGUACUGUGGGCCUGAUUUCAGUUACUGCCUAUUCUGCAUUUUCAAUAGUUGUACAGAGGUUGGUUUUUAUGACAUUUGUCUAUGUAAGAGUACCGCACUCUAUGUGAGAAUACCGCACUACUGCCCGUACGAACAAACGAAAAUGUAGAAUAGGCAGUAACUUAAACCAGGCAAACAUUACACUAAGUAUUUCUACAGACUUUGUUCUGCAACCAACAAUCGAGGCAAAUUGCGAACGACUUCCCAAUUUACAGCAUCGGGUAAUCGAAUUUACUGUUAACGGGUUAUGCAUCGAUGAUAUUCAAAUUAGUAAGGAAAUAGAAUAACCAUGUCCGUUAUUUCUGGCCAUGGGGCACAUCGUAAACCCUAAAACUUAGACCGUUGCACCUCCUUUUUCCAUUUCUUCCCAGGACGUACACUAAAAUACAGCCUUGUAAUGAAAUAGAUCGAUCGCAGGUAGAUUUUCACGAGUAUUGAAGAAAUGGCGCUUACAAUCGCUAUUUUUCAACAGCUGAUUGUUUUCAGAAGUCUUGGAAAAGUGUUUAAAAAUAGGCAGAGAAAGUCUUGGAUCUUUUUGGUCUUUGAUACUAUCAACAUUUGAUUGGAUCAUUUUUCUUUCAUUUUUCGCUUCUGUCUUGGAAAAGUGUUUAAAAAUAGGCAGAGAAAGUCUUGGAUCUUUUUGGUCUUUGAGACUAUGAACAUUUGAUUGGAUCAUUUUUCUUUCAUUUUCCGCUCUUAGGCUGCGGACAACAGCAAGAUGUGGACGAAGCAAGAACAUGAAAUUCUUAUUGGAAAACUGAAACAAUCCUUGGCAGAAAAAGACAGAACUAUAGAGGUGAAUCACCUUUUUUUCAUUUCCAAUGUCGAGGGCAUGUGUGUCCAGUGCAGGGUGCGUUGAUUGAAGAUUAUUAGUCGUACCUGACUGGUACUUCGUGUAAUAUUUCAAAUCCGACUAUGAGGACUGGACUAGAUUUCAGGUCCGCGCAAUUUGAUCGAGUCCGAGGCGAAGCCGAGGACUGGAUCAAAAUGCGAGGCCUUGAAACCUAAUUCAGUCCGAAUUGGAGGAUUCGAAAUGACAUCUGAUACGAAUAAAUCACUACUUAAUUCAUUUUGAUCCAGUCCAAGGACUGAUUUAAUUUUGAUCAAUGUACUUCAUCAGGUAUCCAGUAUUAUCAUGUGAGCAAAAUAAAGCAAUAUGGUUGUCUGAUUUACUCAUGAAUUAUUAAUGAGUUUGAGAUUGGUUAUUGUGCGACAUACUUUAAACUUGGCCUGUGCAAACUUAAGACUCAAGGUGUACUCUGUGUAUGAAAUGAAGUAGCAAAGUACAAGUUUCUGAGAUGUAUUCAUUCAGCGACUUAAACUACGAGUUAGAACAAGGAGCUUUAUUACAUGAACCAAUAUAUUAUAUAACUACAAAUGACUAGACCUUAGUCCUAUCAGUCUAAUUAUGGAUGUUUCAUGCCAAGACAUGUCACACUUUAUACAGGUGUACAUACCUGUAUAUAAUUACGCUUCUAGAACGUUUGCUGAUCAUAUGGUAGAUAGGGCGAAUUUUAAGUACGCGAAUAGCAAGAGUUCCGUGUAGGUAUACGUGGUACUUGAUUGAAAACAAAGAAGUACCAGAUUGUAAUAUCUGCGUACCUCCGGUAUUAUUAUUUUAUUAUUAUUUUAUUAUUAUUUAAUCUUAUUUUACAACGGUAGGCCCUUCAGUGAAUUACGACUGAUUUUCAAGGGGCCGUUGCUAAAUUAAGGCACAAAAACAAAAUUUUACAUCUAUUACACACUAUAAAAGAACUUCUAAAAAAGGUAUAAAAUACGUAAGUAUACGUAAGGUAUACGUAAGGUAUACGUAAGUAUAAGGUAUACGUAAGUAUACGUAAGGUAUAAAAUACGUAAGUAUACGUAAGGUAUAAAAUACGUAUACGUAAGUACGCGUCUUAUCGCACUCUGGCGGUGAGAUAUUUUGAUCCGCGUUUGUACGUGUGUCUGUCCAGGGUCUGUCUCUGUUUGUCUGUCAGCACGAUAACGCACAUAUUGAUACGAACAUUUGUUGGACGAAUGAACAUUAUCCAAGGACAAAUUGAUUAAAUUUUGGUUAAAUUUGGAUGAAAAGUGGAUGAGAAAUGAGCAAAAGUUUGUCUUACUUUGCUUUGCAGAGUGAAGCCGCUUUUUCGCAACUGUUCCCGGUUAAUUAGGUGUAAAAUUGUAUAUAAUCUCCUACUCCAGAUUUUCAUCUCCAAAAAUCUUUCAACUGUUAGUUCUAUUAAGUGAGAUGCACAAAACCUUGAAAUUUAUACUCAUACCUUACACUGGCAUCACACACAAAGCUCAGCUGGUUGGAGCGUUGCACCACAAGGCCGCGGCUUCGAUUCCUACCAUGCAGAGGGACCUUUUUGGCAACUGCUCCUGGUUAGGUGUAAUAAAUGCAUAAAAUUCACACUUGAAAUUUCCAUCUGCAAAACCUUUCAACAAUUAGUUCCAUCGAGUGAGAUUGCCAAAAUCCUGAACAUCACUGUAUGCGUGUAAUGUAUGUGUACCUAUCAAUUUUGUAUUUAUGAAUUAUUAUAGCUGUAUGACUACAAAGUUUGCACUAAAAGGGUAAUUGACACAGAAAUGAAUGAAGAACUUUAUCACAAAGUGAACAUCAAAACAACACAUAAAAAAUGAGUAACAAUCAUUCAAGUUAACUGCUAAAUUUGAGUCAAAUUUUGACUUUGAUCCAUGAAGAGAGGUGUGGAAAUGUUCGGUAUACCGUUAUACCGAAAAUAUCGGUAUUGGAACCAAUAUCGGUUUAUCGAUAUGAGUUUUCAGUCAUACCGAUAUACCGAAAUUUGUCCAUGUUCAUGCAUAUAGCGAAAUCAUCAAUUUUUGUUUUACUCAAAUGUAAAGUGAAAAAAGUAGACAUUUCGUAUUAAAAACAACGUCAACAGCUUCGAAAUGAUUAUAUCACCAAUUUUCAAAUUAGUCAAAAUUUCCUUCAAAUUUCCACGAAAGAAUUUUCCUAUCUAAUUGAAAAGGCGUAAAACUAGUAUACCAAUACCGGAAAAUUCUCAUACCGAACAUUGCCAGAGAGGUGUAUGAAUUUUCAGGGGAGGUGCGCACCUGCCCCGCAUUAUGAUUGAAACUGGAAUGACAAAACAUCCAUGCUUGUAUGAUAUACGUUCAACUUUAUUUCGCUCAACCUUUAAAAUUAAAGUUCUAAUAAUUUAUUGUUAUAUCAUAGAUUGAAGUUUGUAUUGAGAGCAAUAUUCUUCAUACAAAAAAUUCUCUUGUAUUAUUUUAGAAAUUGAUAAACAGUGGCAAGGAAAAGGAUAAAGUUUUUCUGAAACUCCAGGUUUGUCAAAAAUUCCUAAGACUUAUAGAUGACCGUGAAAACAUUGAAAAUACGCAUGUACAUAAAACUAAAAGAAAGACCUAAGAUUCGCUAGGUUUUAAUUUAUAUAAUGACAUAUCUCUUUAUAACAUUGUGAAACUCAUUAAUAAUUCUCAUGAAUUAAAUAAAAAAUACAAAAUUUGUUUCAUGAGUUUGUAUAUCCAGUGGCGUAGCCAGCCGGACGAUUCAGUUCCGCUAUGCAAAUAUUGCCAUGUUUAUAAACUAUCAACACAAUCAAUUUCUAAAGAAGUAAAUGAUGAUGAGUUGAAAUUUGCACGGUGGGACCAAAUCGUCGGGCUGGCUACGCCACUGUGUAUAUCCGUUACAACACGGACGCGAAUGUUGUAAAUGGCAUGUGAACUGUCUUGAUGAGAACAUUCGUAUUCUUCAACAAUUUAAAAUAAAUUAAUGAUAUUUGGUGAAAAAAUUGAACUUAAAGUUUAUGUAAAUCAGCGUGAAUUUGUAUCAGAUAUACAAACUCCUUCACACUCAUGAUUUCCUUCGUGUCUUCUUCAUGAAUUAUUUAUAAGUUUCACAUUGUAUGGACUGUGUUGUGUUGUGUUGUGUUGUGUUGUGUUGUGUUGUGUUGUGCCGUACUGUAUUAUGCUGCACUGUAUUAAAUCGUAUCUUAUUGUAUUCUCUGUAGUAUUUACAACAUAAGCGGUUGUGUUGUAUCAGAUAUAUACUAACUCCUUCACAGUCAUGAUUUCUUUUGUGUUUUGUUCAUGAAUUAUUAAUGAGUUUCACAAAGUAUUCUAUUGCACUCUAUGUGUUGUUCAACUUUACAUUGAUUUGUUUAUCCGUUUAUAUAGGAAUGUACGAGUAAUAGAACAACGUCGCCAGUUAGGCUUGAAGUGGUACGUCAGUUCUUCAUACACUGAUUCCGAUAUACCGAAGCUAUUUCAUAGUAAUGAGAUACAGAUUACUAACACCAUUACCACAUUAUUUCAACACUACCAUUGCAAAGAACUUUCCAAGUUAUGAAUAUGCAAUCUGCAAGAGUAGUGCGAGGUCAGCCACCCCCGCCCCCCAACCGGCAUUUAAGUUUUAACAAGGAGAGCCGAGCCCCCUGAGACCUUCCCCAACGGGAGGUCAGCCCCCAUUUAAUUUUUAACAAGGAGAGCCGAGCUCCCCUGAGAUCACCCCCUUACCCCUCCCCCUACACCCCUGUCCCCUACACCCCUGCCCCCCCUACACCCCUGUCCUAUAAUGUAUAGGACUCGGUAUAAAUUAACGAUUUUCAUUUCAAGUCUUCUUUAAACAAUGCAAACAUAAAACCUGUGGGUAAGGAGACUUGAUGAUCAGAUUAAUGUUUUCUAUUUAGACAAACCUGAAGAAUAAAGUUGAGGAGUUGGAAAAUUCGUUGCAGGAAAAACAAGGUGAGUUUCAACUGAAUCAGUGUCCAAUUACUAGAAGUGAUAAUUUAAUAUGAAAUUAAAUUAACGUAGCUGAUUGAUUCCGUUUUAUUUGAAAGUAUAGUAAUAUACGUAAAAAUGUUACUCGUCUGUGAUUGGUUGAUUUUAGUGUAAAACCGGUGACAAUACACAACGAUAACGAUAACUUGUAUACUACGCGCGCUGAUUGGUCAAAAAAUUUAUCGUUAUCGUCCGACUGAAAAAAAUUGCUCAGGUGAGCGACUUUAAAAUCGUUAUCGUCAAACGAUGGCAAAUUAAUCCGACUCUUAGGGAAAAAGCGUGAAUACAAAAAUCCACUUUGUUCAAGUCUUGCAGUCGUGCGGGAUCAUUACAUUAGGCUACGAAAUCCGCAAUUUUAGGGGGCAAUGGUUCAAGCACUACGGACAGCAGAAGAAACUGAAUGUCUGAGAAUGGCCUGUCUGAAUUCGUAUUAUAUUCUAGUUAAAUGAAAGCGAUCAAAUGAGCGAAGUAAACUUGGGAAAAUUUGACGGCUAGUUGAUGGCGUAUGUUUUUAUUUAGUUUUAAACGUUGAACUUUUCACUCCGAAAUUUCCAUCAGCUAUAACAUUAAAUUUAAAUUGACCCAAAAAGCGUGUUAAAUUAAACGUGUGUUAAGGCUCCUGCUGUGUUGUGGCGCGUCACUUGCAAAAGCUUAAUAAUUACGAGGGAUAAUUUCCAUGUUUUCACAUCUUAAGGAAGACAUGCUGUUGCGAGCGAAAUCACGUUUAGCAUCUGAAUUAUUUUCAUAAAUUCUUGUGUUUAGAUGUCAUCACAGAACUUGAAAGAGUCAUUGAAGAAAAAGAAGGGAAUAACAAUGAAAGCAGACAAGAGGUAUAUGUAUAUAUAUAUAAUUAUAUAAAUAUUCAAGAUGAAUAUUUAAAGAUGGAAAUUUUGAUUGUAAAUUUCAUACAUGUAUUUAGACCUAACCAGGAGGAGCAGCGAAAAAUGUAACUUUAGGUCCCUGGCAGGAAUCGAACCUGCGACCCUGCGAUUCCGGUGCAACGCUCCAUAGCAACUACGCUACAGGGUCGAGUUGUCGAGCAUUAACUACAAGUUCAUGUAUAUACUGGGUAAUGCCAUGCUGUUAAAUUAUGGAUAAAUGUUAUUGGCAUCUCACUCGAUUGAAUAAUAGUUGAAGGGUUUUGUAGAUGGAAAAUUGUCCAGUGUAAAUAUAUAUAUGCAGUCAUCUACAAAAUUCUUCUUCAAUCGAGCGAGAUGCCAACAAAAUCUUGAUAUUUACACAUAAUUUACCCAUACCAUAACAUGGCAGUACUUUAGUAUACAUGAACUUGUGGUUAGAGCUCGACAACUGGAUUCUGUAGCUCAGUUGGUUAGAGCGCUGCCCCGAAUCGCAGCUUCGAUUCCUGCCAAGGACCUAUAGUUGCAUUUUCGCAGCUGUUCCUGGUUAGGUGUAAUAAUAAAUGUAUAUAUAUUUCCACUCGAUAAUUUUCCAUGUACAAAACCCUUCAAUUUUUUUCAAUCGAGUGAGAUGCCAACAGAAUCUUGUAAUUUAUAUAGGAAUCAAAAGAGAAAUGUUGCAUAUAUAAGUAAAUUUCAUUGUAAUUAUUUCACUUGCAUACAAAGUUUGUGUAUCAACUAAUUGUAAUAAAAAAAAUUAUUUGAGAAAUGUACCUCAACAAUGUUUGAAUAUUGCGAAGUCAAGACGAAUUUCAAUUGACAAAUCUUCGUUUAUACAAAUUAUUGUGGAAAAAUGAUUGGCCAUAGUGCCCGUGCAGCACAAUCAGUAGACGGCCACACUGGCGCUUUCCUCAGAAAAUGACCGAUAGCCGACUGUUACAUUGAACAGGCAGGCAAGCAAUACUUUAUUUAAAAUUAACAAAAAGGAACACGCUAGCCCCAUCAACUCUGGGCUGAUUUCCAUGAGGGGCAUGUUAAAUAUUAAAAAUGUUUGAAAAUAAAUAAAUAAAUAAAUAAUUAUAUCUAAAUACUAUAUAGGCCUAUACAUACUUUUCUAUAUACAAAUGUAUGCAUGUCACUAUCCAACAUUUAAUCUAAACGAGUGAAGCGAACUUGCUAGUUUCGCUUCGUUUGGGAGCUGAUUCCAGUGCAAAGCACCACUAUAUUUAAAGAUUUUUUUUAAAAAUUCUCUUUUUGGCUUAGGUAAUGUAAGGUCUGUUGCAGUAUUGCGGAGAUUGUAAUUAGUUUGAUCUAUUUCUCUUCCUACAAAAGACCUCCGAAGAGCCGGCGCAGUGUGGUCAUUAAGUAUUUUUUCAUCAAUACUGACUUGGCACCGGAACGUCUAUUUUCAAGAGUGUCCCACGAGAGUGAGUUAAGAACAUCAGCCGACCGAGACUCAUAAUUAGCACCCGUUACAACAACCCUCGCUGCCCGGGAUUGAAAUUUUUGGAGCUUAUCUCUUAACAACUUGCCACAAGUGUCCCACAAAGGGGAACAAUAAUCAAAGUAUGGCUGUACCAAGCUUUUAUAAACAGAUUCUAAUGUAUGCAUCGGAACAAAAGGUUUCAUACGUCUCAUAACGCCAAUAGCUGCACUUACUUUCUUGCAUAUCAAUGUAAUAUGACUGUCCCAAUUCAAAUUUUCAUCGAGUUUUACUCCCAGACACAUUUGUGUACUGAUUCGUGGUAUGGGUUUUGCAUUUACUGGGUUGGGUUAUUCCAACUGACCCUUCUACCGUAAAUAUGCUCCAUGCUCAGACAUGAGUCAGGGAGAUUAUCUAAAGUGCGAGUUGCGAGUUGCGAGUUACGAGUAUAUUGUUAAUUUCUAAUAACAUCGGGUUUAAUUUUAACCCAGGGUUAACACUAACCUGGCUUUGAAGCACCGAACCAGGUGUUUACACCUGUGGUUUACACUAAAAAUUCAAAUUGAAAACUGUAUAGCAUCCUGGCGGAUGUGAUUUUAGCUUUGUCUCAAUUUGGCGCCAAUUUUCAGCUCCUGAAAUAAACAUUCAUUGCAUUUAUUUUUAAACUUACAAACUUGUAAACUUGUAAAUAGCAAUCGUUUUGAUAUACUGAUGGUUUUUCCUGUGUUUAGAUAAAGUUUAUGUAUGUAUAUGUAUGUAUGUCUAUGUAUGUCUAUGUAUAAAUUGAAUAAAAUAAAUUGUACUUAUAGGUACCAGCGUUCAGUAUAUAAAAACAAACUGAGUCGGUGUCUGGUCAUACUUACUAAUAAAAUUAAAUAACCAUUUUAAGAUUAGAAAGCACGUGUUGAAAUUAACCAAUUUAGUUGCAGGGACCUUAACCGCUUCGAAGGUCAUUAAUAUUUAUGAAACAAAACACCCUUCGAUGAAAAACCCUUCGCCUUCCAUGUCGUCCAUAUUAAUAUACUUUCAAAGCCUAAUUCAAAGCGAGGCUAGCGACUCGCAACUCGCAGCUCGCAAAAUAGCCGACCCCAGUCAUAGGUGGCUGCCAUGCAGAAGGCGCUUAGAAAGCCUUCGAUUCGAUCAGGUUGAGCUGCGUCCUUCGUAAUUCAGCUUAGCUCUCAGCUGCAAGUAAAAAUGAUUAGCACACUCACACUUACCCAUGGUUCAUAGUUUACUUGCCUCGCUCGCAGUGUGUACGGGACUAACUGCAAAUUAGUUUUGGCCACCUGCAAAGAAGGUAAAUAUACAAGUAUGGAAUCAUUUAUGUCGCAGGAGACUCAGGCGAAAUUAAAAUAAGACAUUUGAGUAUCACUAUAUAAUGCUGUUGUUUGACAUUUACAUUGUUUUGUUGUGUUGUGUAGAACAUGGAAUAUACAGCAGAGUUGGAACAUGAACUCGAGCAGAAGGAUCAUUUGCUUAAGCAAGCCGCGUAAGUAUCAAUUUACGCUAUUCCGUCUACAGUAAAAUGCCUGAUGGAACAGUAAACUUCAUGAUUUCAAUAUCUCGUUUGCAUAGUAGAACAAAAUGUGGUUGGUAUAUCAAUUAAAAAAAAAAUGGUUGGUAACAAUCAAGUUCUAAUUUCACAUAUGAAAUGACAUACAUGGUGAAAUUGUGUGUAAAUUUUCCGUGAAGGAGGUUUUUGUUCGCUUUCAUAUUAAUGUAUUCUAUCUUACUGCGUAAUGCAUGGCAGACUGGCACAAGCCUUUCCUAUCAUGAAAAACAACUUAGAGAAAGAAUGCAUGAGAGAGCCGUGCAGUUGAUCAUUUUUUGCUCAGUAAAUAUUAGCCUAUGUCAGCGAAAUUAGCCAGUGAACAGGAUCUCAGGGAUAUCACGAUUCAGUCAAGGGAUAGGGAUAAAUGGGAUAGUAAAUAUGUCAAAGUCUGCUGUUCCGAUUGUAAUACAAAUUUCGACCGCUGGGGCAACCUCGUACCCAGGCUAUUUUCUCUUAUACCCUGGUGUUCUGGGUACGAGGGUGCCCCUGGGGCUGGUUGUUCGAAGCUGGAUUAGCUCUAACCUCGGGUUAAAAUUUAACCUACUGUUUUGGUUAGAGUGUCUCUGCAAGUCUGUUUAUUUCAUGACUUUAGAAAAUAUAACUCUCAUUGAUCCAGACAAGAUUUCUAGAAAAACAUUUCCAUGUUUAAAAAUAAGCUGUUGGGAAGAUUGCUUUGAACAAUUUGUUAACCUUGGCAGGGUUUUUUUCAGGAUUUUCUCUCCGUUUUUGCAGAGAAGCUUGAGUUUAGCUGAACAGCUGGGGUCUGGGGCAGCUGUGGGAGGCUGACUUCUGUACCCAAUAAGUGUAGUUGAGAAGCAAUGUGUUAAAGCAGACACAAUAAACUGGUUAAAGAUGGCGAAUGCGUUGUUUUUCUUGUGUUGUGAAAUGAAUUCCAGCCAUUUUUCCUGAUUGUCAGGUUUCCAACUGAAACUAAUUUCCACACGUCACGAAUUUAACUCAAACAACUUCAUUUUUACUGCACUGAAUCUUUUGGUGGGAAGAUUGAGUUUCAAAACUCAAUUCAAGAUUGAGUUUUUGGGACCGUUUUACGGUCCUAAAAAAUCCCUGAAAAAAACCCUGAACUUGGAUGAAGCUAACCGAUUUUUGAACAACCGACCCCAGGGUAUUGUAAAUAGGGAUUACAGUAUACAUUUUCUGUUCCCGAGGGAAAUAGUUUUGGUUUCCCGAGCAUUUCAUAUAUUGAGAUUCGAGGGAAAACAAAACAAACUAUUUCCUGAGAGCAGACAUUAAGUGUUUUGUUGUAUAGCGACGAGGAAAAAUAACAGCAUUCACAAAACUCGCCGACGCAAACAGUGCUUUUCGUGACGUAACGCAGAGGAAAUUCUCGUGUACAAAACUUGGUUAUAUCUAUAGCUAAUAUCAAGGCUGGAUUUUUGUGGAAAUGCUGGGAGAUGUGAAAAAUUGUUUAGGGGAGGUGCAACAAUCCUAGCUCAUGACUCCCAUGGAAUAUUAGGGCUUAGAAUGUACCCCUGCCUCCACAGAGUCAACUACGUGAUGUAUGCAUGUAUUUAUGAAUUAUGACUGUACAACUCAUCCAAUUUUGCCAUUCAAUACAUUACUACAAAGUUUCUUCCAAUAAACGUUCUUACAGACACAAAGAAAUUUUUCAAAUCUUACCUACCAUACCCAAAUGGAGGUGCAUGACUUUUCAGGGGAGGUGCAAAACGAUCUCAGAGGAGGUGCGCAGCUCCCCCCACCGCCCCUCAAAAUCCGGCCAUGGCUAAUAUAUAGCAGCUUUUUCCCAAACACGCACUCAACGAGUAAUCUACUUUUUGCAUAAAAAGACUGCGACAUUUUCUUUCCUUGCUCAGCUUGCUAUUUUACUUGGUUCGAUUGUAUAAAUUGAUUGGGACACAAUGUUAUUCCGUUUUAUAGGGACACCAUUGAAGCUUUUCAAGCCAAGUUGAAUAAUUUGCCAGUUCUCGAGGUAUGAGUUACAUCUUAUUUCAACAAGUUCUACAAAUGUUUUAGUCAGAUUUCAAUAUGAUUGUGAAAAUUUGGUCUGACAAUAUCUCAGACCAGCCCACGUUCCGGACGGACAUGAUUGGAAACUUAUUUUUUGUACAGACCGAGCCUGUAGGGCGAGGUUUGUACAAAAAGACUGAGAUCCGAUAUUUCUCUGUAAAGACCGAGCGAGCGAGGUCAAUAAAAAGUUUAUUAUAUGGCAUUUAUACUAGGUAUUUAUAACUGAAAAAAAAACGCAAGAAAUGCAUGAUUUGAAAUGCAUAUUAGUAGCGUGGUACACAUUUGGUCGAACUGAAAACAAAAAAUACCAAUGUAUUCCUUCUUUUUCACUAAAAACCAUUCGCAGAUAUCUUAACUUAAUUAAUAACAAAUUAAAUUAUAAUUUUCAAAUUUUUAAUUAGUUAGUUUUGCUAUUUUGUUUUAAAAUGUAUGCGUUUCUUCGGUCCAUUACGGGAAAAUAAUGGACCGCUAAAAGUGCUUCUCAGCCAAUCACAGUCCGCCAUUUCACCGGAAGUGAUGCUUGCCGUAUAAUGAUGACUGUUAUAUUACACACUGGUUUUAAUAAUUUUGCUUCAAAUAUAGGAAUUGAAAAAGAACUUGGAACAAACUAAAACUGUAAGUACCUUUUGUCUUUCGCAUAAUUAUUAUUUUACAUUACUUAAUUUUUGGUUAAGAUCCAUGCAACUGAAAAGUUCUUGGUUUCGUGGAUAUUGUUUCGUGGAUAUUGAUGCAUGCCUGGUACCAUGAACUGGUGACGUGGUUUUAUUGUUUGUCACAGCGAAGCCAAGAAAAUGUUUUAUGUAGCUUCUCUCGGCUUUGUUCUUUAUGAACAGUACUGGUCAAAUAGUAUACCUUUAAUUUAAAUGAAAACUACUUAUUUUGUUUGCUUUGUCAAAAUGUCUAUACAGAAAAAAAAACGGCCGUUGUAAUCCGCAGGUUAAUUGUAACAAAUCUACAACAAAGCUUAUAGCAAUGAUGUUUCAACAACUGUCACCAGGAUGUGUUCGCACCGGUUGUCCCUCAGCUUGUUGACAAGUUGCUGCAAGGUUGUAGUCUUGUAGACUGAACAGACUUGUUACAAGUUGUUCCAACAACUUCGUAUCUUCUUAUUCAACAUCAUAUGAACAAGUUGUGAUUUACAAUCUUGUAACAAAUUAACAAACUAACAACACAGCCGCCGGUGUUCCAAUUCAAAAGCAGGGACGCCGGAACGAUGUGAAGGCAAGGGGGGCAGAUUUUCGUGAAAGGGCACUUUUGAAUUGAUAUAUACUGAGAGAUGUUUGCAAAACAUCGGGAGUUGAACUUCGCCUAAUCAUGUUUUCUAUUUAUUGGAUGAUAGGGGUGUGAGGGGGUUCUCUGACAGGCGAUCGUGCUAUUCUUGAAGCUCGAUGACUGCAUUUCUUGCGUUUUCUGAGGCAAAUUCAUAAUAUAGAAUCGCACUAACAUUUCUGACAAUUCGCUAUUUCGCCAAGGCAAUCCUUUAAAUUGAAAGGGCACCUUUGCCCCCCUUGCCCCUCCUGGUAAAGGGCAACGGGGGCGGCUGCCCCUUCUGCCCCCCAGUUCCGGCGUCCCUAUUCAAAAGAAUUUUAAUUAGACUCUUUUGUCUGGAACACCAGCAUGGCCGCCUGGGUUGGUCCUUGGGGAAUGAGUGCAAACCCUCCAUACUUUACAUUGGUAUUCAAAUACAGUUUUUUCUUUUUAAUGUGAAAUUUUUAGGCUUUCAAUGAAUCUGAAAUAGAAAGAAAAAGACUUCAGGCUGACUCGGUAAGCUUUCACGUAUCUUGAACUGUCUGUGUCAGUGUAGGUAGUGCCAGAAGCAUUAACAAGCUUUCUUUGAUAGGGAUGCAACUACCUGAAAAAUAUAAGGAGAAUUUCUUCGUAUUCCAAACGAAGGGCCUUCUCCCGAAACGUCGAAAUUCUCCUUAUAUUUUUCAGGUAGUUGCAUCCCUACCAACGAAAUCUUGAUUCACAUAUCUGCCUGGGAUUACAUUUAUUCCACUAUGCUUUCUUACUAAACCUCGAUGGCAAAGUCCUGACUGAUAUUUUAUAUGAUUACAGCAAAACGUACAAGGAAAACAACUGAAAAAAAUCCAGGCAUUGGAAAGUGAAAUUAACUCGUUGCGACACGAAAAGGAAUCCUGGUUAUUACAGCGAGAGAAAAAUGCAGAAAAGAAGACUAAAGAUCAGGU